CGACAAUAUUGACGACGACAUUGAAGACGAAGAGGACGAUCUGUUGGCGGACGACAACACAAAGAAAACGACGCGCAAGAAGAUCGCCCCGAAGCCGAAAGCGCGGGAGGAAAUGAACAAGAAGGAAAUGAUCAUAAAAGCAGGCUCAGGUCGUGCUAACAGAAUUCGCGAC